AUGAUGUGGAACCGUGUUAAGGGUAUGUUCAUUUUUGUCUUUUUUUUUUUGGGUUUUAUGCUUUUUUGCAGGUAGCUUGAAUGUGAAGCUGCUUUUGAUGAUAGCGAUGAUGAACUUGUUUUCUGUUGUUCUUACCGGUAAGUUUUUGAUCAAGAGGAUUGACAAUUUUCGCGUUCUUUUUUUUUCUUGAGCUAUAGCCAUUUGACGGUUGAUGGUCGCUAAACGCGUGGCAUUUGCAUUAUUUUGAAAAAAAGGAAAAGAAAGAAGCCUGUCAGCCGUAUAAAAAGGUUAUAUUUUGUCAGAAAACGUAGUUGUUGAAGAUAUAAUAAAUAAAAUAUUUAUUAUAUCCUAAUACGUAGAAAAAAAAAAUCACAUAGCUUAUGGCUGGUUGCAUUUGCUCCGUAUCUAGGGGAAGCGAAGUUCCUGUAGUAUGAAAGAUUAUCUCUUAAAAAAAGUAGUUUGGACUUUAUAGUUUAAAAAAUAAAAGAUAUGGCAAGGUAUCAUGAUCAUAAGUUUGAGACCAAAUGACUCGGGCAAAGUCGGAAUGGUGGAUAACGGCUGCUAAAAGGGAGAGGCUCAAAAAAGGCCGCAGACAGGCAGCAAAAAGGCAGCGAACGGCAGCAAAAAGGCAGCGAAAGGCAGCAAAGAGACUCCCUUUAUCGAGCCUUCCAUUUUUCUGGGAUUUUAAAGGCUCGAGAAAUGGUGGAGAAAGGGAGAGGCAGCAAAAAUGGUGCAUAAGGGCUGAGAAAAUGGUGCAAAAAGGCAGCAAAAAGAGAGCCUUCAUCACCCUAAAAGGAACAUUUCUAUGGUCCUUUAUGGACCCUCGGAGGGUCCUUCCGACUUUGCCUAUGUGACUAGCAGAUGUUUCAAUUCACCAAGUUCCAAUAAGUGAAAUUACGAUUUUUCAGAAAGUUGCUGCCAGCGUCCCAUGUACGCUUACAAAGAUGGAGACGCUGUCCCUCCCGAAUGCGUAUCUGUGACGUGUACCGAAGCGACGAUCUACGCCGAUGGUUCGCGGGGAUAUCAAGGCGUCCACUCUUAUUUGUUUCGUGCAACGAAGAUAAGCAGCCUAACGUUGAUUGGAAACGUUACACUGUUCUACAUGGACGUUCUGAAAGAAGUUGUUCACAAAGGGCCGGGUACGUUCAAUUCAAGAAGGAGAAAAGGGGAACUCCUGAAUGUUUUGCUAAUCUUCUUACUAGAGAUUAUGCGCUGACAUUUUCAAUAAUUUCAGGUGUUUUUAAGAGUGCAAAAAUUAAAUUUUUCUUAAUGUGAAUGAUAAAAAUUUGAAGUCCAUUUUUCGAACAAAUUUCGCAGUUUGAGUUCAUUCUUUUCUCAGCUUUUCCAAAAAAAAUUGUUCUCGAACAUUUUAGGAUGUCAAAGCUCCUUGCGCGAAAAAUUUUCACUAAACCGAAUGAGAGAACUUGGUGUUACAUUUACAUUUCAUUAGAAUUUGGCCUUUCGCUGCUCUCAAUCUGCCUAGAAAUCAACUUCCGUUUGUAGGUCCCGCUUUGACAUUACGGUACGCCAACUUGGGAGAAGAUACUUUUAAAAGUCUAAAAACGAUCAAAGUUGAUGACGUCACAAUAUAUUGCAACGGCAGUAACAAACUGAUCGAGAUAGAAGGAAAACUCCUAGAUGAUGUACUACAUCGUCUGUACAAAGUGGGAAAUAAGGUUUUUUUUUUGUUUAUUUGGGAGAAAGAUUUAAUGAAGUAUUUUACCGCGUUUUCAAAGUUUUAAGUUGAUUCUCUCGAGGAGCAAAUAAUUAGAAAACUAAAAAUAACACAAAAAACGACAGAUCAAACUUUCUAUUCUUAACAGAAAUAUUUUGGAAAGAAAAAUUUAGCAGUUUUGAAACCCUCAAUGAUGUCACAUCAUAUAGCUUCAUCUCGUUUUUCAUUAAUUCGUGAUUUCAUUCGAAAAGGAGCAAAUUCUUAGAUUCAUAGAUAAAUUCAUAUACAUUUCUAGGACAGUAAAAAAAAUUCUAUAGCUAUUGAAGAAAAUGGUUUAAAAAAAAUUUAUAGUUCGAUCUUAGACUUAAUUUCAUUUCAAUUCGUGACAAAGUAUGAAAGAAAAUGUAUAUGAAGCAUUGUACUAUUUUGUCAAAAAGGCUUCACUUAAAAAAAAAGUUUCCUGGAGUUUUAAAAGGAGCACAAGAAAUAAUUUCGAAAAGGUUUUGAAGCGAAGAGUACCUGCAUGAUUUAUAAGCCGUUAGGCAUCCUAGCAAGCUUUUAAAGGGCAUUUUUCGUUUCGAAAAAAGGAUUUUCAGAAAAUAAGAUUUUUUUUCCAGACCCUCGAAGCCUGCAAGUUAUUGACGACUACACAGCCGUCGGUUCCUGUCGCGACCCAAGAGGCAUGCGUCCCGAAUUCGAACCUGCAAAAAGCUGUCGAGAAUGUCGAGAAGGAAUGCUCGAGCAAUGGUCAGAUUGAAUGGAAUUUUUUUUUAGGAUCUUUUAACUUUUCAGAAGAACUAUAUAACAACAGGACCUUGAUUUUUUAUAGAAAAGUGUUUUUUUGAUUUUUCCCAAAACCCAGGUCACACACCAGUCCUUGAGUGCGUCAGAAAAGCGAGAGAAACGCGAUGUCGCGCCCUAAAAGUUGAGAGAUCGCGCCUAGAAGAAGUCGAUCUGCCGCCAGCGAUAUCGCACUACUCCUGCGCCAGACUCGUCACUUGUCAUAAUUGUUACUCUCCUCGUGAAUAGGUCAAUCCAAAAAAAGAGCCGAAAACGCUCCAAUUUUUCCUUGUACCAAUAAUCUUCAAGUUUCCAACAUGAACUUGAUCUUUCAGAUCUCGCGCUGUACAUUACUUCCCUCUCCUCUGGGAUCCUCCUGAUUUUAUUGAUCGCGUCAAUUGUUUUCAGUGUACAAAUGUACCGGAAGCUGCGUUUGAACCAGAAUCGCAUUUUUACGAUCGGUGAUUUGACUUUCUUCACAAUCCUAAAAUUUCCUCAAAAAUAUGUGAUGAGAAAUUUAACAUUUAUUCAGCCCUCAGAGUAAUUAGAGUAACUGGGAAAAUGUUUAGUGGCCACUAUAGAGGCUCGCCAAAGACUAUUUGGAGAGGACACUAGAGUGGCCACUAAACCCACCUCUAUAGUGGCCACUAUUUUCUGUUUUAGUAGCCACUAAAGACGUUCUCUAUUUAGUGGCCACUUCAGUAGUUUUUCAUCCAGUAUUCCUUCCAGUAACUCGGAUAAUUAAAAACAAACAGAUUGGACCAGUUAUGUUGAUCCAUUGACCCCUAAAGUGGCCACUAAAAUUUUUAGUGGUCUAGUAGUAACACUUAGACCUCUAUAGUGGCCACUUAAACGUCAAAACCCCAUAGUGGCCACUAAAAAUUCUCCCAGAAGUUUGUAGAAGAUUCUUCCGAACUUAUCCGGAAAAAACUAACGAAUCUCUAGUAUUUUCGUCUCAUAUGCCUUUUUUGAACCUUUUUAAAACCCAUCAAAAUUAUUAUUAGUCCACUACGAUCAUAUUGAAUUCUUCUAGAAGCGCCUUCCGGUAUCCAAACUGCAGACGAAUCGGCGCCAGAAGCUCAAAAGGACCGUAAAAUGGCCGGUGUAGACUUUCCCAUCAGGUUUUUUUUUGGCAAAAUUUAGUUUUUCCCAUGAAAUGAUGAAGUUUUGAAGGGAACGAAAAUCUCUUCCCUAA